AGCAGACUUGCGCACGCUGUUUCGGAAAGCGCGCACUCCAUCGGAUGUCUUAGUCUGCACGCGUGCAGGAAAACGGUAACUAGAGGCGUCGCGACGAGCGCACCAAAAGACAACAAGAUACGAAAUACCAUCGAAACCUGAAGAAACUGAAGCUGAAGCUGGAAAGAUCCAAAUCCCGGAAACGUGUGCUAUGUAUUCGAGUUAAAUUCGAGGAUUAGUGCAGUGCCAUCGAGAUAUAAACGAAUUAGGAUUAUCGUCUUUGCCUAAGUUUUAACAAACUACAUUCGACCGGGUCCCAUUGAGUUACCAUUGCCAGUAACCCCACAAUCCGAAAUGGUAUCGAGGCGCAGGAUCCUGUCAAGGUCGCGCGACGACCUCCACAUGGACUCGACGUUUCAACCCCCUGAGGACGAGGAGGACGUCUGGUAUCAAAAGGACAAGCUGUACAAGGACCACAUCCAGGAAGUGCUGGACAAAUGGACGCAGAUCGACGACGAGAUCUGGGCGAAAGUGAUCGUGCUGGAGAGGAACCGGAGGGUGGCGAAGGCUUACGCCCGAGCACCCGUUCUUACGGUGAACGGAUCCGACGAUGGUUUCGACGGCUUCCGGAUCGGACUGUGCGGCUUCGACAAUCCUAUGAGGGACCAGAAGACGGAGGAGUACAAAAGGCAUAUCGGUCAUGGUGUCAAGAUAAAGAUGGACGACGCUGGUAACAUUCUUAUCAAGAGGGUGUCAAAGUGCAACGUGUACAUCAAGAGCACCGGGCAGGACGACGAAAACGCAAUCGGCAAUGAGAUAUUGAAAUUGCCUGGCUGCGCCCUCGAACCUGAAAAACCUGUAAAGCUGUUCGACAUGAAGAAGUUCCAAACGAACGUAAACAGGGAAUUGAGGAGGGCCUAUCCGGAUCGCAGGCGACUGGAAUGCCAGUGCUUGAGCGCGAUCGCUUUCGUCAAAAGCGAACAAGAGCUCCUGGAGUGCCCUAUCUGGGUGCUCAUCAUCAACGUCGUCGCUAUGGACAUGCUCAAAUCUAAAUUGCCACCAGUUCAAAGAGUUAUGGACAUCAAGAACAGGCCACGCAUUCCUAUCCCAGACGAGGAUCCGUACAGCGUGGCAGGCAACGGCAGCGGCAGCUCCGGCAGUUCCGGAUUCGCAGGACCUGGUAGUGUAGCUGCCACCAGGGAGCAACUCUUGAUCCAGUCUCAACAACACGCCCAACGUCGUAGCGAAAAACCGCCGAAACUACCACCUCGCGAGAACAUGUAUCCCCACGACAUCCCCAAGCCUGACUACGAUGAUCACGAGGAGCAAGGAGGUAGACUCAAACCGUUCCCAACAUCUAGGAGUAAAGACAAAUCGAAAGACAGUAAGAAAUAUGACGACCCUUACUACUGCGGUCUGCGCGCCCGAGUUCCCAACUUCGUGGCCAAAUCGAAAUCCAAGGAUGCCGUGCCUUCGAAGCGUUUCUCCGUUAGCCAGCAGCCGCCCCCGAUUCCCGUGAUGCACCAGCACCAACUUCACCAGCAUCCCAUGUGGCACACGAGGAGCUACGAGAGCGGCAUUGAUUCAGACGCCGUCGAAUCGCCCUACAACCCGAUCUACGGCAGACUACCAAUACCGACUAGAGCUUACAUACCAAAUCCACCUCGUACCAUGUACAUUGGGGAAUGGGAUUAAGUUAGCAUAGUGAUUAAUAUUAUUUUAUUAUUAUUAUUAUUAAUUGAUUAAUUAAUUAUUACGUUUGUCUGUUUCGGAUAUCUAACCCGUCUUUCCCAUAAAUCCUGUCUCUCUUACUGCCGAUUUUGUUCGACCGGAUUUAGAUGAUAAUUCCACACACCCUUUGUAUAUAACGUUGCGGAUAAAAUAGGACUUAUAAUCAAUCUACUCUUCCUCUCCCUCAACUUUCUCUUCCACUUUUUAUUAUUAUAUAAA